GGCCUAGCAACCCGAUUUAGCGCACUACAUCCAGGCAGGUGAAGAUGGCGGAUGUGUUAAGUGUUCUCCGUCAAUAUAACAUCCAGAAAAAAGAAAUCGUAGCUAAAGGUGAUGAAGUGAUAUUUGGAGAGUUUUCCUGGCCGAAAAAUGUCAAGACUAAUUACAUAAUCUGGGGAACCGGUAAAGAAGGCCAGCCCAAGGAGUACUAUACUCUGGACUCUAUUUUAUUCUUACUCAACAAUGUGCAUCUUUCACAUCCAUCCUACGUGCGGAGAGCUGCAACGGAGAACAUUCCUGUUGUCAGACGACCGGAUCGAAAGGGCUUACUGUCAUAUCUCAAUGGCGAGAGCUCGACAUCAGCGAGCAUCGACAGAAGUGCGCCCAUAGAAAUAGGUCUUCAAAGACCAACGCAACUUAAAAGAGCAGCAGAUGAAGUAUCUUCUGAAGCCAAAAAACCCCGUGUCGAGGAUGAGGAGCGAGUGCGUUUGGACAAAGAGCGCCUGGCUGCUCGUCUGGAAGGCCACAAAGAAGGCAUCGUGCAGACGGAUCAGAUCAGAUCGCUGUCUGAGGCCAUGUCAGUGGAGAAAAUUGCUGCAAUCAAAGCCAAGAUUAUGGCCAAGAAGCGUUCAACCAUUAAAACAGAUUUGGAUGAUGAAAUAACCCUGAAGCAGAGAAGCUUUGUGGACGCCGAGGUGGACGUCACCAGAGACAUCGUCAGCCGCGAGAGGGUCUGGAGGACCAGGACAACCAUUCUCCAAAGCACUGGGAAGAAUUUUUCCAAGAACAUCUUUGCCAUCCUUCAGUCGGUGAAAGCCAGAGAAGAAGGGCGAGCACCAGAGCAGAGACCAGCACAGAACACUAACCAAGUGGACCCGUCCCUCAGGACUAAACAGCCUGUCCCUGCUGCCUAUAACCGAUACGACCAGGAGCGCUUCAAAGGAAAAGAGGAAACGGAGGGAUUCAAAAUCGAUACCAUGGGCACCUACCACGGCAUGACCCUGAAAUCUGUGACGGAAGGCGCGUCUGCUCGGAAGGCCCAGACCCCGGUGCUGCAGCCAGUCCCCCGUCCAGUUUCACAAGCCCGACCUCCACCAAAUCAAAAAAAAGGGUCCCGGACCCCCAUCAUCAUCAUCCCCGCUGCCACCACCUCUCUCAUCACAAUGCUCAACGCAAAAGACCUUCUGCAGGACCUAAAGUUCGUUACAUCAGAAGACAAGAAAAAGCAGGGCAUCCAGCGGGACAACGAGGUCCUGCUUCAGAGGCGCAAAGAUCAGGUCCAACCCGGCGGCACCACACUGAACGUCACGGUUCCUUAUCGUGUCAUCGACCAGCCGCUCAAACUGGCCCCCCAGGACUGGGAUCGAGUGGUGGCCGUCUUUGUGCAGGGGCCUGCCUGGCAGUUUAAGGGCUGGCCGUGGCUGCUGCCUGAUGGAUCUCCUGUUGAUAUUUUUGCCAAAAUUCGAGCCUUUCAUUUGAAAUUCGAUGAGGCAAAGACGGACCCCAACGUGCAGAAAUGGGACGUGACCGUGUUGGAGCUGAGCCGCCACAGACGCCAUCUUGACCGACCCGUCUUCCUGCGCUUUUGGGAAACCCUCGACAAGUACAUGGUGAAACACAAAUCUCACCUGAGGUUCUGAGUUCAGCUAGGAAAAUCACACAAAUCGAUUCUGCAGCAUUCCAGCACUGCUCAGCCCACCUCAUCUAAAAGAAUCAUGCCAUCCUCCAGCAGAAUCCCAGUUUGACCAGUAGGACUUCCUUCGUGUAGCCUGUUGGAUCUGCUGCUCUGGACAGCAGAGCUGUUUGGUCUUUUUUGUUGUUUUUUUUUCCCCCUAAUGUUACCAGUUUAACAGAAAUACCAAAAUAUGUUUGAUAUUGAAAAGGUGGAAAAGGAAACCUAAACCUACUGGAGGAAUUUGUGAUUUCAGCUCAAAACGUCUCAGACUGAGGAGAGAAGCUUUGGGUUGGACCUCAGCAGCAGAUGUAGGGAAGAGACUUCAUCACGUGUUUUAUUUGGCGUGUUUGUGGUCAGAAUGUACAUACGUGAUAACGUGUGGGAGCCAGAGCAGUUUGAGCAGGUUAGUGUUUAAACGUUUGCUCUGUUCCGGCUCAGUCAGCUUCAGACUCGGACGAUGCGCUCAUCUAUCGGUCAUGGAAUGACUUUGUCCUCUUUUUCGUUUGUGUUGUGGUAGAUGAGAGAAUUUAUUGUUUUAAGUCACCACAUGAAAAUUGACAAUAAAGUUUUUCUGAAACAAA